GAAAACAUAUUAUCCAAAACUACCCCUAACAUGUGGCUCUCCCUCAUACCCUCACCAUUAUCUAUUUUACAAAUCAAACAUAUUCUUACACUUUGAGCUCACACCACACCAUGAAUGACAAAGUUGACAAGCUAGUGAUUUUCCUAGCAAAGAGGGAUGGUAUUGACAAGCUUGUCAAAACCUUCCAAUAUGUAUCAAAACUUCUUGUUUGGCGCCUUGAAACAACCAAUCCAAAUGUAGCCGGUCGAGCCAAACAAUGCGAGGUGGCAUCAGGGUUGAGCCGAAAAGCUUUCAGGUAUGGACGGUUUCUUACAGGCUUCAAUGCCCUUAGAAGAAAUCCUGGUCCCACCCCUACAUACAGGUUCCUCUCAGUCUUUGCUAACGCAGGGGAAAUGGUCUAUUUCUUUUUUGACCAUUUCCUCUGGUUAUCAAGAACGGGAACUCUGGAUGUGACACUGGCUAAGAGAAUGAGCUUUAUAUCGGCUUUCGGGGAAUCACUUGGGUAUGUGUUUUUUUGUGUUAUAGAAUUUAUGAUGAUCAAAGAAGGGAUUGAAGAGGAAAGAAGGAUUAGGAGUUUAACAUCAGAAUCAAAGGAAAAUGAUAAGGAAAUUAAGAAGAUUAAAGUUGAUAGAGUGAUGAGAUUAAUGGCUGUGGCUGCUAAUGUGGCAGAUUUAAUAAUAGGACUUGCUGAAAUUGAGCCCAACCCAUUUUGUAAUCAUGCUGUAACCCUUGGGAUUAGUGGGCUGGUCUCUGCAUGGGCCGGAUGGUACAGAAAUUGGCCAUCAUGAAUUAGCAUAAAUUUUACUUCUUUUGUUAUGUACUUGUAACUUAUGUAAUUAUAUUUUAUAUACAUUUGUGUAUUUGGGAUAAAAGAAAUAUGUUACAAAUUAUGUCA